AUGUUUCAACCGCGUCUACUCUUGCUAUUAAGCAUAUACGUAGCCAUUGCAGCCUCAAAACCACUGAAGAAUCAAAUCACCAGACCAAGAAUGCCAUUUAGAGAUUCUGAAGACAGUGAAUUGUUGGAUGAACUUGAAGCAGAAAGAGAGAACGAAAUGCAGUCUCCACAGUUUGCUCGAAUCGCGAGGGUACCUAUGGAUUUCUCCUUCAACAGUGAUCUCACUCUCCUACGGAAAAUGCUCGGUGAGAAUCGGCCUCAAAGACAUAAACUUCUGGCUUUUGGGAAAUAA